AUGACGAUCAAAAACGACGCAAAAUUCUCGUUCAACGAGACAAUCGACACCAAGCCCUACUUCAAGAAGCAAAAUCUGGCCGAGAUGGGAUCAAUCAUCUCAUUCAAACAUUUCAGAAACUUACUCUUCAACCGCGGUAAUCCCGCAAACAUUAAGUUUUGGCUGCUCAGCGAGUCUGUCCACCAUGUCGAAAGGGUUCAAAAGUACAAGAGAUUAUACCUACUACACGAUCAGAACGACCGUGAGACUACGAUUAUGGCGCGAUCAAAGAGCGAUGCCUCAUUGACUUCAAGUGAUGAUCCUGGCGCAUUGUGCAUAUUUAUCGAAAGGCUCAGAAAUUGGGGUCAUGUCUGGAACUCGUCUGGCUAUCUGGACUGGAUAGCCAAAACCCAUCCUUCCUUCGCCAAUAAUACACUUGUCUUUGUGCAAGAUCUGCUACUUCAUAGUCCCAUGGACAUCAACGGGUAA